AUGGACGAUCUUCCAGCAGACCCUCAAGUCGCAAUCGACUGUGAAUCGGACGAGUCUCGAUCCACCACUUCUACCAACGCAGAUACAUCCGACACUGAGCCAUUCCCUGAUUAUGACGAGUCCGAGUGUGAGAUGCUUGCAUCUACCAUCGCAGCUGAGAAACGCCUUGAGGAAGCAUGGAUCUACGCUCUCGGCAAAGCCGCCCAGGAAGAGAUCCGCAUGCUCCGUGUCGACCCUAACAUUAUUCCUUACCCAUCUCAGCGCAGCCAGGUCAUCCUCGGACAGCUGCAAGAUCUCCUAUCCGAACCGCAAUUGCGCCUUGAGCUCCGCGAGCAAUUUAUCACUAUCAUCAACGCCACCAUCAGACUCAACAUCGUCAUUUCCCACCAAAGUUCGGAGUUUCUAGCUCCCCGAGAAAUCAAGGACUCGAGACGUCCCCUCGACACCAUCUUGAAGCACGUCAAAUUCAUGGAAGACAUGCUCAAAGACCAGCUGCAGACUGCCGAAAAGGUUUCUCUCGUCCUGAAGGAUGUCUCCAAGGAGGAUGUGCUUCCCUUUGAGCGGCUUCGCAAAAUGGCCUCUGUGGUGGCUAAGAAUAUGAAAAAGCCCCGUUACCUUGAACAACGACUGCUCGCUUUGUACAUGGACAUGUACGAGGAAUGGGUCCGCGUUCCUUUCCUUCGCUUGCGCAAGCCUCAACUCCUGGACGAGCAAUUCCCAAACUUCCCACGCACCAAGAUUUUCCGCCAUGUCCUUGUCGUCUGGGAGGCGAUCCACCGCUGCACCGACUCCUACGAUGCCUUGACCCGAGUCACCCAAGAAAUCAAACGAAAGUACUUUGCGCCAUCCAUGGGCUAUCUUUGCGAUUCGCCAGAGAUCUGGAAGCAAUGCUGGGAACGAUACCAGACAUUUGAGAAGGAUCAGCCCAAGCCAGGCGAGCAUGAUUUCUCUGAAUGUAUCCCCAACUGA